CCCAAACCCACUUCCUACUUUCUGUCUGGCAGGGGCCGGGCCUCCCGGGGCUCCCCUCCCUUCUGCCUCUGCACACAAAGGUCGGGACCAGCCUGGGUGUUUCCUGCUAGCAGGAUGGAGGACCACGAAGGUCCCGAGUGCGGCAAGGCCGACUUCGUGCUCCUGGACCAGGUGACCAUGGAGGACUUCAUGAGGAACCUGCAGCUCAGGUUCGAGAAGGGCCUCAUCUACACUUACAUCGGCGAGGUGCUGGUGUCCGUGAACCCCUACAAGCAGCUGCCCCUGUAUGGACCUGAGGCCAUCGCCAGGUACCAGGGCCGUGAGCUCUACGAGCGGCCACCCCACCUCUACGCCGUGGCCAAUGCCGCCUACAGAGCCAUGAAGCGCAGGGCCAGGGACACCUGUAUUGUCAUCUCAGGGGAGAGUGGGGCGGGGAAGACGGAAGCCAGCAAGCACAUCAUGCAGUACAUCGCGGCGGUCACCAACCCCAGCCAGAGGGCCGAGGUGGAGAGGGUGAAGGACGUGCUGCUCAAAUCCACCUGCGUGCUGGAGGCCUUUGGCAAUGCCCGCACCAACCGCAACCACAACUCCAGCCGCUUCGGCAAGUACAUGGACAUCAACUUCGACUUCAAGGGGGACCCUGUCGGAGGACACAUCCACAGUUACCUGCUGGAGAAGUCCAGGGUGCUCAAGCAGCACGUGGGUGAGAGGAACUUCCACGCCUUCUACCAGCUGCUUAGGGGCUGCGAGGAGCAGGAGCUGCGGAGCCUGCACCUGGAGAGGAACCCGGCCCUGUACAAUUUCACGCGGCAGGGGGCCGGGCUCAGCUCAGGGGCCCACUGCGUGAGUGCCGGGGGCUCCGUAGGGCGGGGGCCCGCGUUCUGGGACAGGGACAGCAGGAGAGGGAUCGGGACCCCGAGGGCAGGCCCUGGGCCCGCCUUGGCGCGGGUGGUGAAGUCCUCUUCCCAGGCCUUGGAGAGUGAUGAGAACAGCCACCGGGCAGUGACGGAGGCCAUGCGGGUCAUCGGGUUCCAGUGCGAGGAGGUGGAGACGGUGCACCGCAUCCUGGCCGCCAUCCUGCACCUGGGAAACAUCGAGUUUGUGGAGACAGAGGACAACGGGCUGCAGAAAGGUGGCCUGGCAGUGGCCAAAGAAGCACUAGUGGACCACGUGGCGGAGCUGACAGCCACGCCCCGGGACCUUGUGCUCCGCUCCCUGCUGGCCCGCACCGUGGCCUCGGGAGGCCGCGACCUCAUCGAGAAAGGCCACACGGUGGCCGAGGCCAGCUACGCCCGGGAUGCCUGUGCCAAGGCUGUGUACCAGCGGCUAUUCGAGUGGGUGGUAGACAGGAUCAACGGCAUCAUGGAGGCCCGGGGCCGUGACCCUCGGCGGGACGGCAAGGACACGGUCAUCGGCGUGCUGGACAUCUACGGCUUUGAGGUGUUCCCUGUCAAUAGCUUCGAGCAGUUCUGCAUCAACUACUGCAACGAGAAGCUGCAGCAGCUCUUCAUCCAGCUCAUCCUAAAGCAGGAGCAGGAGGAGUACGAGCGCGAGGGCAUCACCUGGCAGAGCGUGGAGUACUUCAACAACGCCACCAUCGUGGAGCUGGUAGAGCGGCCCCACUGGGGCAUCCUGGCGGUGCUGGACGAGGCCUGCAGCGCCGCGGGCACCAUCACCGACCGCAUCUUCCUGCAGACACUGGACACGCACCACCGCCACCACCCACACUACUCCAGUCGCCAGCUCUGCCCCACUGACAAGACCAUGGAGUUUGGCCGAGACUUUCGGAUCAAGCACUACGCGGGUGAUGUCACGUACUCCGUGGAGGGCUUCAUCGACAAGAACCGAGACUUCCUCUUCCAGGACUUCAAGCGGCUGCUGUACAACAGCUCCGACCCCACCUUGCGGGCGAUGUGGCCAGACGGGCAGCAGGACAUCACCGAGGUGACCAAGCGGCCCCUGACAGCUGGCACGAUCUUCAAGAACUCCAUGGUGGCCCUGGUGGAGAAUUUGGCCUCCAAGGAGCCUUUCUAUGUCCGCUGCAUCAAGCCCAAUGAGGACAAAGAGCCUGGGAGGCUGGAUGAGAGCCGGUGUCGCCACCAGGUCUCGUACCUGGGGCUGCUGGAGAACGUGCGGGUGCGCAGGGCCGGCUUCGCUUCCCGCCAGCCCUACCCGCGGUUCCUGCUCAGGUACAAAAUGACCUGCGAAUACACCUGGCCCAACCACCUGCUGGGCUCCGACCAGGCGGCCGUGGGCGCGCUCCUGGAGCAGCACGGGCUGCAGGGAGACGUGGCCUUUGGCCACACCAAGCUGUUCAUCCGCUCGCCCCGCACGCUGGUCACGCUGGAGCAGAGCCGCGCCCAGCUCAUCCCCAUCAUCGUGCUGCUGCUGCAGAAGGCGUGGCGGGGCACCCUGGCCAGGUGGCACUGCCGGAGGCUACGGGCCGUCUACACCAUCAUGCGCUGGUUCCGGAGGCACAAGGUGCGCGCGCACCUGGCCGAGCUGCAGCGGCGGUUCCAGGCUGCACGGCAGCCCCCACUCUACGGCCGUGACCUUGAGUGGCCGCCACCCCCUGCUGUGCUGCAGCCCUUCCAGGACACCUGCCAGGCGCUGUUCUGCAGGUGGCGGGCCCGGCAGCUGGUGAAGAAUAUUCCACCCUCGGACAUGGCUCAGAUCAAGGCCAAGGUGGCUGCCAUGGGGGCCCUGCAGGGGCUGCGUCAGGACUGGGGCUGCCAGCGGGCCUGGGCCCGAGACUACCUAUCGUCUGGCACCGACAACCCCGCAGCCUCGGGCCUGUUCACCCAGCGGCUGAAGGCGCUGCGAGACAAGGAUGGCUUCGGGGCGGUGCUCUUUUCCAGUCACGUCCGAAAGGUGAACCGCUUCCGCAAGAGCCGGGACCGGGCCCUCCUGCUCACGGACCGGCACCUCUACAAGCUGGACCCCGGCCGGCAGUACCGGGUGAUGCGCUCCGUGCCCCUGGACACGGUGACCGGGCUGAGCGUGACCAGCGGUCGGGACCAGCUGGUGGUGCUGCACGCCCGGGGCCAGGAUGACCUCGUGGUGUGUCUGCACCGCUCCCAGCCGCCACUGGACAACCGCGUCGGGGAGCUGGUGGGCGUGCUGGCUUCGCACUGUCGGGGGGAGGGCCAGGCGCUGGAGGUGCGCGUCUCUGACUGCAUCCCGCUGAGCCAGCGAGGGGCCCAGCGCCUUGUGUCAGUGGAGCCCAGGCCGGAGCAGCCAGAGCCAGACUUCCGCUGCAGCCGCGGGGCCUUCACCCUCCUCUGGCCAAGCCGCUGAGCCCCUCUGUGCAGCCCCUGCUGCCUGGGCCAGCCACGUGGAAGCCAGCACAGCCGUCCCUGUGUGGAGCUGCACACUGAUUAAUAAAGACGCGACGUCCACGCCGCGUGACAGGA